CGCUAUGGUAUUCCAAAAUAUCUGGAACUAAGUCUAUCUGGUACCAUUGCAUAUAUUAUUAGAUAAAACGGAAGUUGCUAGCAUGGUGCACGGGUAUUCUGGUCGUCUCCAUUAUGUCGGCGCGACGCAUUUUGGAUUGAGAUAUCAUGGCCGCUAGAGAGGAAAGGACUGGUCAAGGGCUUGUAUUCCCUAGGAGAGAGCGAGCUCCAGCUCCAGCAGCUAUCUAGCUAUAACUAUAAGCUGUGCUCUGGGCUAGGCCCCAAAGUGAAGGAGGUAGGCGAUUGCCUACUAGGCCAUGGGGCCCAAGAACAUACAAGAAAAUGAAUGGCUCAGUGUACUUAGAACCCAUUAAUAGGCCACCUACCUCCCCCUGUUAAAAUAAUGAAAAACAACCUUUAGCUCAGAAAAUCAAUAGGAACGAGCCGCGGCAUUCUGACUCUUCUGGACGGCAACAUGAGAGAAAAGGUCCGUAUACAUUAUUUUAUCGCAGGCGUCAGUCAGAGCCUGAUCGGACUGUUCUCCCACUCGCUAUACCAUUCAUAUUCUAUCUGGCUCUUCACUUUCAGUGACCUCAAGACCAUCUUAAUCCCGAGUACUAUCUUUGGGAUCGCAAACUCGUUGGCAGCUCCGAGCUAUGGCCUUCCCUCGUUAUCACUCCCGCCGACGCUAAAAUCCAAACUUUUUUAUAUUCUUUUACAACAGACCCCCGCUGUUCUUGUUUGGGUCUGGAUCAAUCUUCUCCCGUUCACGAUAAAUAACCAGCGCGAUAUCUCUGCCAUUGCUGAGGAUUCUGUGAAUAAACCUUGGAGACCACUUCCGAGCAAACGCAUGACGUCGGGACAAGCAAAGUACACGAUGUUGGUCUUCUAUGCUGCAGCUCAGACAUACAGUCUGUUAUUCAGCGGAGGGCUUCGCCAGUCGCUGGGCCUACUCGUCCUCGGCACCUGGUACAACAACAUGGGUGGCGCCGACUCAAAUCCUCUAGUUCGGAACCUCAUCAAUGCUCUGGGGUAUCUAUGCUUCAUAUCAGGAGCGUUGGAGGUUGCUUUAGGCGGAGGUCCUCUUCCUUUCUAUUCCUCCCAACGUCUUUUGCCGUGGCUGCUCGUUGUCGCGGGAAUCAUCAUAUCGACAGUCCAUACGCAGGAUAUUUAUGAUCAGGAAGGCGACGCAGAACGGGGACGUCGCACAGUACCAUUGGUGAUUGGCGACAGAGCAGCACGAUGGAGUAUUGCUGUCCCAAUGCUAGCAUGGGGCCUGUUCUGUCCGAUAUUCUGGAAUGUCCAUGUUAUAUUUGCCAGUGUAAGCUGUGCAUUGGCGUGGGCCGUUGCCGCUCGAACACUCCUCUUCCGCAAUGUGAGAAGCGAUAAGAGAACAUUUAUUAUUUGGAACCUCUGGAUUACGACUGUAUAUGUCAUGCCAUUAUGUGCUAGAGUUGCAUAGGAGAACCUAGGGAACUAAUGGAUACCUGUGAGACCUUCAUUCUUCUGUCCAUGUCUAUGGGAGAAGAUGGUUAUCCGCUUAUCGCAGUCUGUGGUAUUAUUGACAGGGAUGGAAUUAGAGGAAGAAGCUCA